UCGAUUCCAGAUUUUAGUUGAAAACGAGGCGUCGAGCCGAGCGGUUUAAUUUUGAUCCAAAGUCGCUGGAACAGCUGAAAACAUAGCAUAGAAAUAUCGCGUGUGUGUUGUGUAUUCUCACUCUCGUUGGCUCUCACUCUCUUUUGAUCGCCAAGCUUAACACGUGGGCGAGAAUUAAUAAAGUUAUUAUUAUUGCUUUGAAAACGUGAUUAGUUCUUGUUGUUCUCGAUCUAAAAAUAUGUCGCACCGCGUUUUGGUAAUUGGAAGUGGAGGUCGGGAGCACGCGAUCUGCUGGAAAUUGUCGCAAUCUCCAAAAGUUUCCAAAAUCUUUGCAUUGCCCGGCAGUAAUGGAAUCCAGCAGGUGGACAAAUGCCAAAAUCUGGAGUCUCAGAUCUUGGAUCCAAAGGAUUUCGAGGCCAUUGCCAAGUGGAGCAAAGAAAACCAGAUAGACCUAGUGGUUGUGGGACCCGAAGAUCCUUUGGCUUUGGGCCUGGGUGAUGUGCUUCACAAGGAGGGAAUCGCCUGCUUUGGACCCGGAAAGCAAGGUGCCCAAAUCGAGGCGGACAAAAAGUGGGCGAAGGACUUCAUGCUGCGCCACGGAAUUCCAACGGCGCGUUACGAGAGUUUCACGGACACGGAAAAGGCUAAGACAUUUAUCAGAAGUGCUCCCUAUCCAGCUUUGGUGGUUAAGGCAGCUGGCUUGGCGGCAGGGAAAGGCGUGGUGGUGGCUGCCAAUGCGGAGGAAGCCUGCCAGGCGGUAGACGAGAUCCUGGGACAGCUGAAGUACGGACAGGCAGGAGCCACCUUGGUGGUGGAGGAGCUGCUGGAGGGCGAAGAGGUCUCCGUGUUGGCCUUCACCGACGGCAAGAGUGUGCGCGCCAUGCUCCCCGCCCAGGAUCACAAGCGUUUGGGCAACGGAGACACUGGACCGAACACCGGAGGAAUGGGCGCCUACUGCCCGUGUCCCCUGAUCAGCCAGCCAGCCCUGGAGCUGGUCCAAAAGGCCGUCCUCGAGAGGGCAGUCCAGGGCCUGAUCAAGGAGCGGAUCACCUACCAGGGCGUCCUCUAUGCGGGCCUCAUGCUGACACGCGAUGGUCCCCGCGUCCUGGAGUUCAACUGCCGGUUCGGAGAUCCGGAAACCCAGGUGAUCCUGCCGCUGCUCGAAAGCGAUCUCUUCGAGGUGAUGCAGGCCUGCUGCAGCGGUCAGCUGGAGAAGGUUCCCCUGCAGUGGCGCAACGGAGUCAGUGCAGUGGGUGUGAUCCUAGCCAGUGCCGGAUAUCCAGAGACCUCCACCAAGGGAUGCCUCAUAACGGGACUUCCGACUGCCAACUCUCCCACUCAACUGGUGUUCCACAGCGGCCUGGCUGUGAAUUCGAAAAAGGAGGCUCUGACCAACGGCGGUCGGGUCCUAAUCGCCAUUGCCUUGGAUGGCAGCUUGAAGGAAGCCGCCGCCAAGGCCACCAAACUGGCUGGCAGUAUCACUUUCUCCGGCUCUGGAGCUCAGUACCGAACGGACAUUGCCCAGAAGGCAUUCAAAAUAGCUACUGCAAGCUCACCGGGGCUGAGUUACAAGGACAGCGGAGUGGACAUCGAUGCUGGGGAUGCUCUGGUGCAGCGCAUCAAGCCCUUGUCCCGCGGAACCCAGCGACCGGGUGUCCUCGGCGGCUUGGGCGGGUUCGGAGGACUCUUCCGGGUGAAGGAGCUCAACUACAAGGAGCCAGUCAUCGCCGAGGCCACCCAGGGAGUGGGAGCCAAGAUCCAACUGGCCUUGGAUCACGAACUGUACGAGAAUGUUGGCUACGACCUGUUCGCCCUGGCUGCCAAUGAUCUCCUGGAAUUUGGAGCCGAACCGGUGGCAUUCCUGGACUACAUUGCCUGUGGCAAGCUGCAUGUUCCACUGGCCGCCCAGUUGGUGAAAGGAAUGGCCGAUGGCUGCCGAGAUGCCCGAUGUGCCUUAGUGGGUGGCGAAACUGCGGAGAUGCCUUCUCUUUAUGCUCCCGGUCAACAUGACAUGGCUGGUUAUUGCGUGGGCAUUGUGGAGCAGUCUCGCAUCUUUCCCCGUUUCGAUCUUUACCAGCCGGGUGACCUGCUGGUCGGCUUGCCCUCAUCUGGACUCCAUUGCGCCGGCUUCAAUGAGAUACUCACCCAGUUGGCGGCAGCCAAAGUGAAUCUCAGGGAACGCUCGCCCGUUGAUGGUGGCGAGGAUGGGUUGACCCUCGCCCAUGUCCUGGCCACGCCCACGCGCCUUUAUGUCCAGCAGUUGCUGCCGCAUCUUCAAAAGGGAGAUGAGAUUAAGGCGGUGGUCCAUGUGACUCAUGGUCUGCUGAACGACGUCCAGCGUCUUCUGCCCGAAGGAUUCGAAACGACGCUGGACUUCGGUGCUGUUCCGGUGCCCAAGAUCUUUGGCUGGCUGGCGGGGAAGCUGCGACUCAGUGCCCAGACCCUUCUGGAGCGACAAAACUGCGGCAUCGGCUUGGUUCUGAUCCUUCCCCAAACGAGUCAGCUGUGGCGAACCUCCCUGCCAGGAGCCAAGGUGCUGGGUGUCCUGCAGCGGAGGACGAAGGCGAGUGCUUCUCCCGUCCAGGUGCGCAAUUUUGUGGAGCAACUGCAGCAGGUGGCCGCCCCCUUCGGAGGCCUUGGUCAACGGGAGCUGCCCGAGGAGCUCAAGGAACUGCCUUCCGAUUUGACUGUAACAGCUCCUCGCGCAGAAUGCUUUCAAAAUGCAGCUGGACGUCGGUUAACCCGGAUUCCCGGUCACUACAAGGACCCCAUCCUCAUCCUGGGCACCGAUGGCGUGGGCACCAAGCUGAAAAUAGCCCAGCAAACGAAUCGCAACGCCAGCGUGGGCAUCGACCUGGUGGCCAUGUGCGUCAACGACAUCCUCUGCAACGGAGCCGAGCCCCUCAGCUUCUCCAGCUACUAUGCCUGCGGUCGUUGGCAGGGGAACCUGGCCAAGGAGGUCCACUCAGGAGUUCUGGAGGGUUCCAGGCAGGCCAACAGCAGCUUCAUUGCUUCGCACAGCGCUGCUCUUCCUCUGCUUUACGAACCGCAGGUGUACGACCUGGCUGGCUUUGCCUUGGGCAUAACCGAACGCUCCGGCAUCCUGCCCCUUCUGGAUGACAUUCAGCCAGGAGACGUGCUCAUCGGACUGCCCUCGUCCGGUGUCCACAGCAAUGGCUUCAGCUUGGUCCACGCCGUUCUCAAGCGAGUGGGAUUGGGACUCAACGACAGGGCUCCGUUCAGCGAGAAGACGCUGGGUGAGGAGCUGCUGGUGCCCACCAAGAUCUAUGUCCAGGCACUGUCCACCCUUCUGACGCGAGGGAAUCACGGCAUCAAGGCACUGGCCCACAUCACGGGAGGAGGACUCAGCGAGAACAUCCCGCGAGUGUUGCGGAAGGAUCUGGCCGCCCGCUUGGAUGCCAACAAGUUCCAGCUGCCACCUGUGUUCGCCUGGCUGGCUUCGGCCGGGAACAUCAGUUCCACUGAGCUGCAGCGCACCUACAACUGUGGAUUGGGUCUGAUCCUGGUGGUGUCUCCCACGGAAGUGGAGGAUGUCCUCAAGGAGUUGCGCUAUCCGCAACGAGCUGCUGUCGUCGGUGAGGUGAUUGCCCGCAAGGAUCCGAAGAAACCGCAGGUGGUGGUCCAGAACUUCGAGGCCUCUCUGGCCAGGACCCAGAAGAUCCUCUCGCUGCCCCGGAAACGAGUAGCUGUCCUCAUCUCGGGAACGGGCAGCAACCUGCAGGCACUGAUAGAUGCCUCUCGUGACUCGGCGCAGGGCAUCCAUGCGGACAUAGUGCUGGUGAUCAGCAACAAGCCAGGUGUCCUCGGUCUGGAACGCGCCACCAAGGCUGGAAUACCUUCGCUGGUCAUCUCCCACAAGGAUUUCGCCAGCCGAGAGGUCUACGAUGCGGAGCUUACGCGAAAUCUGAAGGCGGCAAGAGUGGACUUGAUUUGCCUUGCCGGCUUCAUGCGAGUACUGAGUGCUCCGUUUGUGCGGGAGUGGCGCGGACGUCUGAUUAAUAUCCAUCCCUCGCUCCUGCCCAAGUAUCCGGGUCUGCAUGUCCAGCGGCAGGCUUUGGAGGCGGGCGAAAAGGAGUCCGGCUGCACUGUUCACUUUGUGGACGAGGGCGUGGACACGGGAGCGAUCCUUGUGCAGGCCGCAGUUCCCAUUUUGCCCGGUGACGAUGAGGACUCGCUGACGCAACGCAUACACACCGCUGAGCAUUGGGCUUUCCCGAGAGCACUGGCGCUCCUGGCCAGCGGAGCAGCUCGACUUUCUCCCGAGGGCAGCCAGUGAAUGGUUUUCUCUUCCUUAAAGGGUUUAAUAACAACGCUUGACGACUUGAAUUAAUAUCACAGGAAUGGAUGCAUACGUAAUCCAUUUAUACAAAUAUAUACGUCCCCAACUCGAAGACUUUUCAAGUCCAACUAGUGAAUAAUAAAA